UUUAUCUGUUAAUAAUAACCCAAAUUCGAUUGGAAUUUUACACGAUUUAACACGAACGACCUUUAGUUUUGUUAAGCCCAAGACAACUUUACUCGGUCCAGUCGCAUUGCAUUUUUAUAAGUUGAACAAAUUGCACUCAUAGCUGUCCAAAUUGGGUGUUUUAUUGAAAGUCCGGCGACAUAAUCCUCCGCUUCCCUUCAUCUGUUCCCAGCAUCUGUUGGGGGGAAACGAGCCUGAACCUGAGCCUGGGCCUGGACGUCUGUAGUAGCUGCGACCGAUCGCUGGAUCCUACGGCUAAUUGGAUUUGGACGCCGCGUCGCAUCAGCAUCAUCUUUCACAAGCCCGACGAGUCCAACAGCCAGCUUAAUUGGCUUAGGCGGCGGUUGUCGAUGUUGGCCACUGACGUGUGAAAUGGGUGUGGGCUACUACACCGAAGAGAACACGAUUAAGAGCAGCAGCUCAGCACGUUAGUCAGUUUGAGGAAGCUUCUCCGCAACAGGAAGUCCUACGAAAAGCAGCCGGCCAUGGGUGAAGUAGCUGCCACAGUGGAGCCUCUGGCCGCGGUCAAGUCGAAGUCCAUUCGAUCCCGGAAGCGACGACAGCGACGUAGGCGACAGAUAGCCUACCUGGCCAUAUGUGGAUUGAGUGUAGCCAUAUUCGGCUUCGCAUUGGCCACGCUGAUCAGGCCCACAACCGCUCAGGAUAAUGAUGCUCCCGGGAGCUGGCGCAAGGGAUAUGUGGGCCAUGGCACCACGCACGAACAGCUUGGUCAGCCCCAUUGGCCACCAGUCGAGUACACCGUAUACCGGCCGACGACCAACUACUCCAAGGCACCACCUCCACCCACGUCGGCCAUGAAUCCCAUUUUCAAUUUUACACACUUUCUAUAUGACAAGAUUCUUUAUAGGGAGGAACCCAUACCGGAGGGUUACAUUGUGGUAAAGAAUUCGGACACUUUGAGCCUGGGUCCCAAGGUGGAGGAGAACGACUGGCGGGAUCUACUGGCUCAUUAUUGGCUGGCUCUCAUCUGGGUUUUUAUUCUCGUGCUGCUCAUUAUUAUCAUACCGUUCAUUGCCGUUUGCUAUUGCUGCUUCUGUUGCUGCCGACGAUGUCGACAGGGAUGUCCUCCAUGUACCAGUAAACAAGACGCUCAGCGGCGCUUCUGCUGUGGCAUCUGUCUGUUGAUCCUCAUCAUCGGACUGAUCUUUGGCAUCAUUAUCGCCUUUGUGACCAACAAAAUGAUUGACAGCGGCUUUGCCGAGACUUCCGAGACAAUGAAGCGCGGCAGCGAGGACACUUGCACUUAUUUGAAGGAUGUUUCUGAUCACGUUUACCAUUUGAUGAUGAACAACUACGAGGAGAUGGAGACUCAUGUGCUGGAUCAAUUAACCCAUGCCCAUCGUCACAUAUUUUUGGAUCUCUCCGACACUUCGGAGAGUAAUUCCCUGGCAGAAAUGGAACGAGUAUUAGAGAAUAUGCCCGAGGCUCUGGAGCUGAUGAGGCAAGUCGAGAAGAUGGAGAAGGAUCUGCGCUUCUAUGGCUCGCAGUUAAGAGAUGGCGUCCGCGGCAUUAAACGAGAUGUCAACUUUGCAGUGGCCAAUCUUUGCCAACUGCAGAUGUGCCAGAAGUUCCUGAUUAGCAGCAAUAUCGAGCACAUUGAUUCCUCGCAGUGCUUGCAUUUCGACAAUCUCCCGAACACCAAAGAAUUUGUAGAGGGAAUGGAGACUAUAGUUGCAAACAAGUAUUACGCUAUUCCUCAGCGUGGACUCGAGCGUCUGAAGAAGGUUAGCGACAAGGUGAAGACGCAACUGUCCUUUGUGGUGCCUCCCAUGAUGCGGGAUUUAACGAAGGGCAGGACGAUCUUCCGAGAGCAGGCGACAAAUGUGCGCAACAUUGUCGAGGGAGUACUAAGUGAUAUACAUAUAAAAACUCUGCACUCGACCAAGUCAUUUGAGGAUGUCUACGAUCGGUAUGGGCACGAUAGGAACGUAGUCAGCCUGAUUGUGUGCUUGCUCAUUCUUCUGGUCCUUUUUAUACUGAUCUUUGCUCUACUGUGCGGCUGCUUUGGGCGACGACGAACUGGAUAUGGUGAUGAAUGCUGCAGCAAGUCCACCGGUGCCACCUGCCUGCUUCUAGCCAUUCUGCUGAUAUUCUGUGUUUUCUCCAUCAUCGCACUGGUUGGACUUUUCUACUUUAUGCUGGGCAUGGUAACGUACCAGGGUGCCUGUGCACCACUGAGGGAUCAGGAGAACAACACGAUAUUCAGGCAACUGGACGCGUCCAUAGAUCUGAAUCAUUUCUUGCCGGCAUCUGAAUCUACCAAGGAGGUGAUGCAUCCACUAAAAAUGUCAAGUGCGAUAAAGGCUUGCCACGCCAAUCAGACCAUUUUCGAUAUGAUGCGUCAGCAUAAAAUAUAUGAUAUCAACGAUCUGACGCGCAUAAAAGUGAUGACACACGCACAGGAAAAUACAGAUUCGAUCAAGGUUUUCGACGAGGAUCUGUCCCCCGUGGUACUCCUGACGCAGGAAGAACGUGACGAGCUAAACGCUGCGCGCGACAGCAAGCUUGCGAAGUACCAUAGCUCCCUGUACUUGCCUAGUCUGUGCACCCAGUUCACGCCCAUGAAUCUGAACGCCCUGUCCGAGCAGCUGUACAAGUUGUCCAACGAUCUGGAAUACCCUGCAUACGGCUGGGCCAAGGUGUCAUUCUGGAAUGAGGGCCUCAACACCAAAGCCUUCUAUCGCAAUUUUGUACCGAAGCUUACGAGCCUCGUGGAAAAGAUGAAGGCCAAUCUAAAGAAGAUUGACGAGCUCAUUUCGUACGAAAACAAUGACUUUACCAAUACAAUUAAAAUUCUCACUGCCACGGCCAUUAACUCAGAAGAGUUCAUCCAAAAGCGCGGCAAGGACUAUAUCAAUACACUAGGAAGCAAUUUGACGCAGUCCAUUGACCAGAUGAUAGACGACUACAUCGAUAUGAUUAUAAAGGAGGCCAACGAAAGUGUGGGUCACUGUGCACCCCUGUCGUACAUUUAUUAUCGUGGCGUCGACUUGAUUUGUCACCGUAUCGUGGAUCCCAUUAAUGGAUUCUGGGUAGGCAUACUGCUGUGCGCCCUGCUCUUCCUGCCCAUUCUGUUCGUGGCCCACCGCCUGAUGUGCCUCUACAAGAAGAUCUACCCUUAUCUGGCCACCGUAGGAGCCGCUGGAGUGGUCGAGGGCGGAAGCGACUAUCUGUACGAUGCUUAUAGCGAACGUGAUCGUGAACAUGUACCAUUGGCUAACGUUCCCAAGAAACGUCGCAAGGCCUACGAGCGGCGACGGGAGCAGCAGGAUUACUUUGAGGACGCCUCGCCCAGCGUCUCGCGGGGCAACCGCUCUGGCGGCGAUCGUGGUGGCGGCGGAGGCGAUGGAGCUCCUGGCAGCAGCAGCAUGCGUUACAACGACAUGGCGCCAACGCACUGGGACCACGAGCCACCACGAUACCACAAUCCCCCAGCUGCGCCGCCAUCCUCGGAGUACGAGCGUCCGCCGCCCUACUACUAUCCGGGUGCCUCCGAGCAGGAUUAGACGCACGGAGGCGGUUUGUUCGAGAGGUGGCAACAUGGAUGAUUUUAUUUUGAACCCUCACGCCUCACGCCCCACGCCCACGGCUCCUUUUCCUCCAUACAUGUAUACCCCCUACUGAGACUGUACUUUUAGUUAAAGGCCUAAACGAAAAUAACUGAAAUUAUAUAAUUUUAAUUAAGUAGUAUCGUA